GGGUCACAUUCAGAAUCAUCAUCCAUUUCAGAAUGAGGGCUCUCGUGUUUCUCCUGCUUGUGGCUGCAGCGAGCGCCAAAGUGUUUGAGCGGUGUGAGCUGGCAAGGGCACUCAAAAAUGCAGGAAUGGAAGGCUACCUCGGGGUCUCCCUGGGAGACUGGGUCUGCCUGUCCAAGUGGGAGUCAGGGUACAGCACUGACGCCACUAACGUCAACACUGACAACUCGACAGACUACGGCAUCUUCCAGAUCAACAGCCGCUGGUGGUGUGACAACGGAUCGAAGACUGCAAAUGGCUGCAAUAUCCCAUGCUCCAGUCUGCUCUCCCCUGACAUCAGCACCGCGAUUACGUGUGCCAAGCGUGUGGUCAGAGAUCCCAACGGGAUCAAUGCUUGGGUGGCCUGGCGACUGCACUGUAAAGGACAAGAUGUCCAACAGUACAUCCAGGGCUGUGGAGUGUGAGACUGACACCCAGAGAAAUUGAUCUUUUCAGCUUCCCUCUAUUGUUUUUGAUCACUUUUCUGAUAUGCCAAACCUGACACACUGACAAAGGCUCAAUGGUGAAACACCACCCUUGCUUGUCAAUAUAAAAAUGAGUAAAAAUAUAACCUUUCUGCCAAAUAAUUGCUAACUGAAGGGACAUUUCCUUUUUGCCAGUCCAACCCUUUUGCUUCGGUAGGCUAAACUUUAAUAAAGACAUCAUUUGGAUUUGCA